AACUAGUGUAAACACAACUGGAAACCUGAGGUGAUCCAGCAGUUUACAUUCACAGACAACACGAGUAGUCCACAGGUUGACAACGCUGUUAUUAUACGACCAACCUCUGCUGGAGCUGCAUGUGUGAGUUUCUGAAACAUGCAAACGCUGCCACAACAUCACCUCACACAACACUUUUGGGAAAGAGAGACCGUAUCAUCAAACCUACCGAUAUUACACAGAGAGAGCAUGAGCAGACAACGCCGUCCCUCGGGAACUCAUCACAGACUGGACUUUAUACAUAACCAAGAGAGAGAACUUCCCUGGCAACAUCCAGACAACAUCCACAGGGCGAAAAACACGGAGAAGAACGAAUACGUUCCCUCGCAGAUAGCGUUAGGCAAAAUAUUCCCCCUAAAACCAGUCCUCCACAAGAGAGCGUUCAGCUUGAGUAACGUCACCAAAUCACCACAUCAAGAGAUACUUUACUCGCGUUUGCCCACACUGGCUGAUCAAGCUGCGGUCAGACAGCAACAGAAGACUGCGAGGAAACUAGAUCCCAUCAGCUCAUCCCAUCGAACAGGGAGAAAAAAACAGGAUCAGGAAGAGAAGCAAACACGCUUCCCGAAAGAAAUCCAGAUGCUCCAGCAGAAGAUCUCCAAAGCAGAAGAGACAGUGCGAAGAGUCCAAAAAGAGAAGAAUGGAUGUUAUCUCGAGGACGACCGGUUCUAUGGUGAGGGAUACGGCGAAUGGGACGAGGAAAGGGACAGAUAUGGGAAUGGAAGAGAUUAUAUGGAAAGAUGGGAGGAAUGGGAGAGGAGAAGAGAAAGUGUGAAACGUGAGGAACGGGGACGACCUUUGGCUUUAGACAUGGCGAAGGGUCACAAGCCUGAGGAAAAGAGAGAGUGGGAUGACCACACCGGAAAAGGGAACAGGCGACGUGAGAGAGGAAUGGGAUGGGAUGAUCAUCUGGACAGAGAAGAUGAAGACGUGAGAAAACCAAACACACGUGACUCUACGAGGAGGGACAGAGCUCACCUCAAACAUGAGAGGAGGGAGAAUAAAGAGGGAUUUGAGGAACUGAAGCGCCUGCAGCGUGUUGAGCUCACUCCCGAGGAGAAUCCCGACGCCCCGCAGCGGCUGCUUCCCUGUGACGUGUGUGGUCGACGCUUCGCUCGAGACCGGCUGGAGACACACGUGAGAGUGUGUGAGAGAAAAAGGCCCGAGCGCAAGGUCUUCGACACGUUCCAGCACAGAGCCAAAGGAACCGAGCUCGAGAGGUUCAUGAAGACGAACGGCAGGAGCAAAACGCCCGAACCUAGGAAGAAUACGUGGCGGGAGAAACACCAGGCCUUCAUUCAGACCAUGCGUCAGGGUCGAGAUCCCGAGCCACAGCCGGGGUGCGAUCUGCACCCGGAGUACGUGUCGUGUCCUCACUGCGGCCGGAGGUUCGCCCCGGGCCCGGCCGAGAGACACGUGCCCAUGUGCCAGAACAUCAGGAGCAGACCCGCGCCUCCGAAAGCCACGCAGGGCAGCGCCAGGAGGACCACGGCACGGUGACAUCUUUUGGGCAGAGCUGCACUGCUAACCGUGUCCACAGGGGGCAGAGAGGGUGCAUCGUGGGACACCUAGGCCUCCAGUGUGUUUAUUUUCUUGUUCUAACAAUUUUUUCUUUUACUAUAGGGUUAGCAUGGAUGUUACAUUUCUUUCAUAUCUCCUCUCUUAAUGUAUUCGGUGUCAUAACUUCUCCUUGUUUUGAUAGAUUGUUUAUACUGCUUGUAUGUAUCGACUUGUUCUGUUUGUUAAUAUUGCAUUAAUAAAAAAAUAAAUUAAUUAAACAAAAGGGGUAAGCAUGGAUGUCAUGUGACUGAAAUCACAGGCAGGGCACUUGUCAAUCAAGAAGCUCCUCUGAAUUGCAUGACAAGGCCAGUGACAUAGGAUUCUGUGAUAUUAUGUUUGUGCAAAACAUGUAUUCAAGUGUUGAAAAUGUGUUUAAGUUUUUUCUUUCAACAUAUUUUUUGUUGUCCCACUUUAUCAAAUAUGAUUGAGCAUGCUUUGGGUAAUCUGGGACAUAGGGGAUAGGGGAAAUAUGCAUUUAGGGACUUCAUAAGUCUAAUGACAAGUGUUUAGAUCUCAUUAUGACUUGGGGGGAGACCAGACCAAUGAUAUACUUUAAAAUGAUCUCUAAUAUAUAUGCCAUAACCAGAAAUGGGUGUUUAUGUGCAGGGCUACUGGAGGUUUUAAUAUUAGCAUAAGUAGCUAGCAGCUAAAUCAGCUAGCUAGAGAGAUGCUACAGAGAUGGAUUCUGGGAAAUGUAUUCCAAUGGCAAGCAAAGGUAUCAGGAUGAAGUAAAUGGUUAACUUCAUUUCCCAAAUUCCCAGUUAGUUUAGUAUAUAAGGGUUCAAACCACUGAGCAGGAGGGGGGGGGACCCCAGACACACACACUCAUCAUGUACAAAUGUGAGUCAUCAUUAGUCAGCUAAAAUAUGAAAAUAUCCAUGACCUUUAAUUACAACCCCAUUUCCAGAAAAGGUCGGACAUUUUGUCAAAUGCAAUAAAAUCUGCAAGA